AUGUCAAAACAAAGCUCCCUCUUUAGCUUUUUUGGCAAAUCUCCUCCGCCAGUUGUCGCCAAACCGAAGCCUUCUCCAUCUCCUACCGAGGCGGACUUGCCCUCCUCCGUGGACAGGUCCAGCUCUUCCCCGAAAGAGCAGGCGAAACAGACGCCACAACAACCCACUCCGAAGAGCAACAAGCCCAAAGCCAAAAGUGACGCUAAACAUGCAAAAGGUGCAUUUAGUAAACUGUUUGGAGACAAAACGCCGCAGAGAAAAGAAUGUACCCCAAAGUUCUCAUUUGGUGCAGGUUCCCUUGUGUGGGCCAAAAUGGAGGGGCACCCCUGGUGGCCCUGUAUGGUGGUGCCACAGCCUAUAAUACGGCAACAGCUGAGAGGACAGGGAAAAAAACAGCGAGUGCACGUCCAUUUCUUUGAUGAGCCGCCAACAAGAGGAUGGGUCAACAUAAAAUACAUAAGAGCAUACCAGGGCUCUGACAGCAGUGAUGCCAAAAUUGGAGGGGUGUUUUUCAGCAACAAACCUGUCAUUCGUCGUGCUAUGGAGCUUGCUGAUGCUGUUAUGUUUGACACGGAUGAAAAAAGACUAAAAAUACCUGUUUGCACUGACCCCUCUGGAGAUGAAGAGGAGGAGGAUGAGCAAAUGGAGCUUGAUAAAUCAACCUUAACUGAUGAAGAUGACAGUUUUGAGGAGCAGAAGAGUGAAGAAAUGAAACCACCUAAAGGCCGCCGCUCUUCCAGAGCUGCUGUGGCAAACGGAAACAAGCCUAAACGGAGGCGUAUUGUUGCAGCUUCGGACAGCGACGGCUCAGAGGAUGAAUUCAAACCAGAGCACGCAGCCAGCAGCAGUGAGGACGAUGAAGAAGAACCCACCGUCUCCAGCGAAAGCGAGCCAGAGGGCUCAGAAUCGGAACCAGAGAGUCCAGUCAAACCUAUAAAACGCAAACGGCCCGCUGAAAAAGCUGCCAAUGCUAAACCUAAAUUACCCAUUACCCCUGUCAGUGCUUCUAAACGGCCUCCAGCGGCAUUUACGGCUGAUACAAAGUCCCGCCUCUCAGCUUUUUCUGCCCCAGAUAGCUUUGAGUGCAAAGCGAAUUCAGGCGGAAGCGGCAGUGCAACUGUUUGGGACCACGAGAAGUUGGAAUGGCUCCAGGAUGGCCGCAGAAAAGAUGGUAAAAGGCGACGUCAAUCGGAGGAAGAAUAUGAUCCAACAACUCUCUAUGUCCCGGACGACUUUUUAAACCGUCAGACUCCAGGAAUGCGAAGAUGGUGGCAGCUCAAACAAAACCUGUUUGAUACGGUUAUUUUUUAUAAAGUGGGCAAGUUUUAUGAGCUCUACCACAUGGAUGCGGUCAUAGGUGUUAAUGAACUAGGGUUUACAUUCAUGAAGGGCACAUGGGCACAUUCAGGCUUUCCAGAGAUAGGAUUUGCUAAGUUUUCAGAUGUACUUGUUCAAAAAGGCUACAAGGUGGCAAGAGUGGAGCAGACGGAGACACCCGACAUGAUGGAAGCCCGCUGCAAGAGCAUGAGUAAACCUUCUAAAUUUGACAAAGUAGUCAAAAGAGAAGUGUGCAGGAUUAUCACAAAGGGUACCCAGACUUACAGUGUCCUGGAUGGGGCUCCUUCUGAAAGCCAGAGCAAGUUUCUCCUCAGUUUGAAGGAAAAGGCCGAAGAGGAAAGCUCUGGCCGCUGCCGUACAUAUGGAGUCUGUUUUGUCGACACCUCUGUUGGUUAUUUCCACGUGGGACAGUUUGAGGAUGACCGUCACUGCUCCCGUCUUCGUACCCUUAUUGCCCACUAUUCUCCCACUGAGGUUCUCUUUGAAAAGGGGAACCCCUCAGUGGAUACACGCAAAAUCUUUAAAGCCUCUUUAUCAGCAGCUCUCCAAGAGGGACUCAACGCUGGCAGUCAGUUUUGGGAUGCUCAGAAAACCCUUAAAACCCUUUCUGAAGAAGAUUAUUUCAGUGAAAAUGCUGACAAAAAAAAGGGUGGUAAUAGCCUUCUUCCUUCUCUGCUCAAAAACAUGACAUCAGAGAGUGAUUCCUUGUGCCUAACCCCUAAAGAUGGCUACGAGCUUGCGCUUUCAGCCCUAGGCGGGUGCAUUUUCUAUUUGAAGAAGUGUCUCGUGGACCAAGAACUACUGUCUAUGGCUAACUUUGAAGAAUACGUCCCUGUCGAUGUGGAGCUGGAGAAGGCAUCUGGGUCAGCGAGCUUCUUCUCCCAAACUAGACAGCGCAUGGUUUUGGAUGGAUCUAUCCAAGACAGGCUGGAUGCAGUGGAGGAUCUUAUGGGAGCGCAAGCCCAGGCGUCAGAAGUAUCAGAUCUUCUAAAAAAGUUACCAGAUUUGGAGAGACUUCUGAGUAAAAUCCACAGUAUUGGGACGCCUCUCAAGGGACGGGACCAUCCUGACUCCAGAGCUGUUCUCUACGAAGAAGUCACUUACAGCAAGCUGUCUGCUGAUUUCCGGUCUGUGCUGCUUUGCCAAGUUGUUUCUUUAAAGCACAAAAAAAAUGGCAUAUUUCCCGAUCUCACGGAUGAACUGAAACGUUGGGAGACUGCGUUUGACCACCAGAAAGCACGCACCACUGGAGUCAUCACUCCAAAGUCUGGCUUUGACCCAGAGUAUGACCAAGCCCUAACUGGGGUCAAAUCCUGCGAGAGGGAACUGCAGGACUAUUUAGACAGACAGAAGAAGAGACUGGGCUGUAAAAACAUGUCCUACUGGGGAACAGGCAAAAACCGCUUUCAGAUGGAGGUCCCGGACAGCAUUUCAGAGAGGAACAUUCCAGAGGAGUACGACGUGAAGUCGACUAAAAAAGGUUGGAAGCGCUAUGUGACGAAAGAGUCGGAGAAGCUGUUUUCAGAGAUGCAAGUUUAUGAAGAGAAACGAGACUCUGCACUCAAAGAUUGCAUGAGACAACUCUUCUAUAACUUCGACAAAAAUUACAAAGACUGGAAGACUGCUGUGGAGUGCAUGGCCGUGCUUGAUGUGCUUUUAGCCCUGUCCCGCUACAGUCAGGGUGGAGAUGGACCGAUGGCCCGGCCUGAUGUGGUGCUUCCUGAAGACGACGUUAAGUCCACUUCCUUCAUUGAUCUGCUGGGGUCUCGUCACCCAUGUGUCACUAAGACUUAUUUUGGAGAUGAUUUCAUCCCCAACGAUAUCCAUGUGGGCUGUCCCGGUAGCAGUGAAGGCGAUGAAGAGAAGAGCUCUGCCUCCUGUGUCCUCGUCACUGGGCCCAAUAUGGGAGGAAAGUCCACACUGAUGAGACAGUGCGGACUUGUGAUCAUCCUCGCUCAGUUAGGCUGCUAUGUUCCUGCUGAGAGUCUGAGGUUCACUCCAGUCGAUAGGGUUUUCACUCGCCUCGGGGCUUCAGAUCGCAUAAUGGCUGGUGAGAGUACUUUCUUUGUGGAGCUCAGUGAGACGGCCAGUAUCUUGCACCAUGCCACUAAACAUUCUCUGGUGCUUCUGGAUGAGCUUGGAAGAGGCACAGCAACGUAUGAUGGUACAGCCAUUGCCAGUGCUGUGGUGAAGGAACUGGCAGAAAAGAUCUGCUGUCGGACCCUGUUCUCCACUCAUUACCACUCUCUGGUUGAGGACUAUGCCAACAACCCAGCAGUCCGUCUGGGACACAUGGCCUGCAUGGUGGAGAAUGAAUGUGAAGAUCCAAGUCAAGAAACCAUAACAUUCUUGUACAAGUUUAUCACAGGCGCCUGUCCAAAGAGCUAUGGUUUUAAUGCUGCUCGCCUCGCUAACCUGCCAGAGGAGGUGAUCCAGAACGGACACCAGAAGGCCAGAGAGUUUGAGAAGAGCACAAUCAGCCUCAGACUCUUCAAGAAAAUAUGUCAGUUUGCGGAGGAUGCUACACUGGACAAGACUUACUUUACAACUAUUGUUCAAACGAUUAACACAUUUUAG